UGGUUGAGUCAGAUAAACGCUCUCUCAACUGAGGACAUAUAUGAUAAACAAGGUGUCAUGGAAUGAAAGUUAUACUUGUUUGUGACUUCUAAUUUUAACUGUUAUACUAUUACGGAUGGUGACGAUUUUUCGAUUGUUAUAUGAGGCAUUAUAACUGGAACGAACAAAAAACGAUAGUAAAGUGAACGGGCUGACAGUGUUUACAUAUAUUCAUUCAGGAAAGUUUAGGAUUUGAGUUGUACAACUUAUUAGAACUUUUGAGUCAACCGAGUGGGUCCCUCCUCAUCUAGCGGGAAUAUACCCUUUCUGCAAAGAAAGUUUGUAUCUGUGCUUGUGUUAGUUCCUGUCGGUAGUCCGUUGCUGACCAGCGUGUGGAGGCCGUCACCAUGCAAGCGCCCCCACCAUGAGCGGCCGUGCAGCCCCGCAUUCGGACGCCUCGCCAGCGGUCGCACACGAGAGCCCGCGCGCCCCCGGAGGCUCCCUCCGACGCCCACUCUCCCCAACUUUUCCCCUGCGUGUGAUGGAUGUGGGCGUCGUUCUGUAGCAUCGAGUCCAAGAUGAGUGCGAAGCGGAAGCCCCGGACGCCCACGCCGCCGCCCGGAAAGGAGCCCGACGACGACGAGGCCGAGGACCUCUUCGCCGGGCGUCGCGUCUCCGUGACCGAGUUCGACGCCCAGGACUUCGGCUACGAGAGCGUCAGUUCCCCCGGGGCGUCGAGCACGUCGUCCGAGCCCGCUUACGUCAGGAAGCCGGGAUUCGAGCAUCACGCCCACGAGUUCCGGGCGAGCCCUAGCACGCCCACAGGGUCUGUCAGCCUGGGCGCAGGGACGGUCCUGGGGAAGAGCAUAUCCCCAGGGCUGGUGGCAGGCCCCUCCAUUCGGUCGCCCCUCUCCACCUCCCCCGGCCUCCAGAGCCCCACGGGGUCCUUGUCCUCGAAGGGCAGCAAAAAGAAGAAGAGCAACGCCCACGACGCCCUUCGGGAUGAGCUCGCCAAGGAUCCCUCCAACUCGCCGUCGCCGACCUCAAGCAGAGCGAGAGUCAAAAAAGACCCGCUGCCCAUGAAGAUGAGGGCGCUGCCACAGAGCUUCUGGCUGCAGCCCAACAAAAAUAACAACCUGCCGCCAUCUUGUUCCGUUUUGCCGCCUCUCAUCCUCGGCAAGGAUUCCAGCGACGUGAUUGAUGUGCGGCCCGUCACUCCGCCAGACGACGAAAAGGAAGUGAAAGAAGUGAAAGCAGAGAAAGAGGAAAAGAAAGCGGACAGAAUAUUAAAAGUUGGCAAUACUGAACUUCUCUUCAGCUUGUUCGAUUCCGUGGAACAAGGCGACAGAAAGAAGGUAGCCGUUGUUCGGAGAGGAAGGCCGAAGAAACCGCCAUCAACGGUCUUGCCUCGUGUUCUCCGCGACGAAGACCCGUGUCUGGUCAGCGCAGUCACCGAGUCGAUCCUGCCCCUCUUGCCCGACAGAACACCUGUGUCCUCAGGGUCGUCGACGCCUCUGGGGAUCAGGCAGCAAGGUCCUCAGCAGGUGCUGGAGAUGGUGAACCUACGAGAUGGAGACCGAACCAUUUCUCUCCCUUCCCUCAACGUUGAACAUAACUAUAACCAGAUCCUCUCUGAACUUGUCCUGAAACUGUAGCCCUCAGCCCAGAGAAUCAAAAGGUCAAAAGGUCAAAGGUCAAUAAAGGGAGUCAAUCCCUUGCAUUGUAUUGCCUUGCCCUCUUGACUCUCAGUGGCAUCAGGUGCUGGGUAGUAAUAUGGUCUUAGUUUUUGUUUCUCUUAUUCUUAGUGAAUUUUGAAAUGAAAUAAUGUGUGAAUGACAAACAUUCGUCAUCAGUCCUCCAAAUUUCAAUGCUCAGUUUAACAAAUAAUCUCUGAACAUAUUACACCUCAGGCUACACAUCCCCUGAACGAUGAAGGGAAAAGAAACAACAGUAUAUGUAAAAAAAAGUAUAUAAAUCUUAUAUCUACCAAAGAUUAUAUUUGUCUGAUUUAGGUCACAAUUUCUCUUAGAGAGUUUGAUCUCAAAAGCCUUGCAUGUUGAUCUCUUACUUGUUACAUGCAGUCUUUCCCAGACAUGUUUCUACGGUUCUCUAAUUCUCCAAACAAGCAUUUCUCAGUGAGUUUCCAGUGUUAGAGAUGGACUGUAUGAAUGUUUACUAGUGUGUCAAUGGUAUGUGAGUGACUGAGUUACUAUUGAGAGAUACUUGCCAUGGUAAAGGGAUAGGCAAGUUGCCCAAGAUCCUGAGAACUACUCUACCUUGACUGUGUACUGAAUUACAAAGACUUUCUCAAUACACACUCAACUUUGGGCUCUUGUAACAACACAAAGGAAGUGUGUGCCAUAUUUUUGUAAAAAUAAAACAGGAUUAGAUUGAUUUUGUAUUUGCCUUUAUGAAUGAAUAAAUUGUUCUCAAGGAGGGAAUAAAGGCAUGUGAUUGGACUGCGUUCCCUUGUGUAGAUCAAAUGACAUUUGAUUAUUGUUUGAUCUAUAAACCAGAAGGGUUUUAGACACAGAGGGACCCAGAAUGAAGAGUUCCUAGUUAAUUACUAAUAGCUUGUUUUUUCAAAGCUUUAACUUACAUGUAGAACUUGAUAAAGGGAGAAAAUAUCAAGAUUAAAAACAAGUUGUAAAGGCAAAUGAGAAAUAUGCAAUAAUUGAGCAAUAUUUUACACUCAUUUUGUUGUAUUAUCAUAAUGCAACAAGAAGUCUAUAUGUCUGUAGAUAACAUACAAUCUAGUUAGCAAUCUGAACAUCAAACCAUAUUUUCACAAUUAAACAUUUUUAUCGAUAGCCAUUUUAAAAAUGUUUGUUUUUACUUUUAAAGUGAAAAGAACGAUUUGUAGAUAUCUGGUAUUUUCUCCUGUCUAUGUGCAAUAACAAGUGACAUCACAAUAAACUAACAGGGCCAGAAGCAAUGCUUGUUGUGCACAAUUUAGCUUGCUUUAUGUAAUGAUGAUAUGAAAGUAACUGAUCAUGUAGGACUUAUAAAAGUAUAAAUAUGCAUUUAGAUUCACACACACACACACACACACACA